AUGCUCCUAUAUACUAAAACAGCAUUGCCGAAAGUUCCUAAGAAAAGGUCAAGAGCCGGGUGUAUUCAUUGUAAGGAAAAGAAGAAGAAAUGUAACGAAGAACGUCCACGAUGCGAUCGAUGUACCGAACGAGGUCUGCAAUGUGGAUAUGAAGCAGUAAAGCCACGAAAACGAAGAAGGCCAUCCUACGCGGAAUCUGCACUUUCUCACGAUGGCGACUCCCCAAACUUUGACUGCGAACGAGAUGCGGAGACUGUACAAAAUAUGUGGGAGGAAACUUCAGAAUAUCCAUUAUCUGCAACUUCUGAGCAUUCGACAUAUAAUUGGAGGAGCUUUCACGAGGAUGAAAACGAUGUGGAGGAAAUAAUACGAUUAGAGCCAUACGCCAGUUCUCCUGCCGGUACACUCGUUCGGACAAGAAGUCCAUACCCAGAUCUAGCAAUGAUUGCUCCUUCACCGGUUGGCUCCCCUCUUCUUGAGUUCAAUUCACCGGCAUUCCUGGAAUUUGCAGAGAAAAGGAAUCGCAGGGCUCUCGUCGAUCAUUUCUGCAAUACUCUAUCACAUCUCAUUGUCUUUAAAGAAGAUACGGGCAAUCCAUUUCGUCAACUUAUUCUACCAUUGUCUCAUGCAAGUUCACCGGUUCUGAAUGCGAUAUUCGCAUUAAGCAGUGCACAUAUGGAAUACAGGGGAGUGGAGAAUGAAGAGAAAUCUUUAGACUUUCACAACAAGGCAUUACAAGGGCUGGCAAAACUCAUUCAACAACACGAUCAGGCAAAUCACGAAGAAAUACUAGGCGCAAUUAUGUUGCUCGUUUACUACGAAGUUCUCGUACAACGUGGCAACUCUAGUAUUGUACAUGGUCAUCUGAAAGGAGCCAUGACGAUUAUGGACUCUAGACCUCAGAAACCGACUCCGACACGCCUAUUCCUCGAGCGGGCCUUCCGGUUUUACGAUGUCAUCACAGCUCUUUCUUUAGGCACACCUCCAAAUACCACCACACAGCCUAUUGCAAGCCCAUUCCCUUUUCCAAUUGCACCCAACGAAACGAGCAGAAAUUCACCAUUAGAUUCGGUGGACACACUCCUUGGUUUGUCGACAGAGCUAUGGCCCAUCAUUCAUCGACUUUCACACCUCCUCUCUUACAAAUCUUCGCUCCAAGCCGCCACUGAAGAUGGUCAAUUGAGCAAAGCCAGUGUUUUGCGGACCGAACUUGAGAGUACAUCUCAUGCUAUAGAGAUGGCUCUUACAAACUGGAAGCCCAGCUUUGUAGCUACAGGACCGUCCUCACCCAAGGAUGACGAUAUGACAGAAGAUACUUCCUCGAAGUGUCCUGAGGACGCACGUAUGCAAACUAUCCUUAAUAAUGCCGAGGCAUAUCGUCAUUCUGCAUUCAUAUACCUCUAUCGUACUAUUCACUCUCACCCAAGAUCCAAUACUUUAGUCCAAAAACAUACAAAACUUUCACUAAUCGCCUGCGCCAAUGUCGUUGAUUUAGCGGAGCAAUGCCGUGAUGGACCAAUGUCUGCAUUAUUGUGGCCAUUGUUCGUAGCGGCAUGUGAAGCGGAAGCGGAAACUGAUAGGGAACUUGCAACAAAAGCUUUUGGAAGAACAGAGAGGAGGCAGGGUAUGCAGAAUAUUAUGCGGGCUUGGGAAGUGGUGCAGGAGGUUUGGAGAAGGGCGGACGAGGAUCAAUAUAAGGAGGGGGAUUGGAGAGGGAUUUGCGAGGAGAGGGUGACUGAGGUUGGCCUGGGAAGUUUUGUGAGACACAACAAGAGGGUUUUUGGAGGGGAGGAACAGAAGGAUCAGAUUGGACAGAUCUUGGCAGAGUUGGGUGCGGCUGCAUAUAGAGAUGAUUCGGCUGGGAACCAAAAAAGUUCAUUGAUAUUGGUUGUUUGGAGAUGGGAGGGGGCUCAAUGUCCAACAUGA